AUGGUUGCCAUCGAAAUGGCCAAAGGGCACAAAUCACCAUGUCUCUGUGCUCCAUCACGUUUCUGUGUCGCUUACAAUGGCAAAACUCCACCGAUCGAAAUCUGGACCUACUUAAAAGGAGGACCGCCGACGGAAGACCCGAAUUUUCUGGAAGCCAUGGGAUUUCAGUCGACCGUAAACGGCAAGCACGGCGAUAGGAAGGCUUCUUCGAUGUUGAUGAGAUCCGAUCCUCUGGCCACGAAAAUA